AGGUAGACCUAUCCGUCCAUACGUACGUCAUGCAUUUCCGGGUGCCAGUUUGUUGCCGAAAACUUCAGUUACCGGUGUUAAAGAAUUUUGAGCGAAACCCACACGGCGCAGGGUUUGGAGCGUGCAGUUGAUUUGUCAAAAGAAUUCAAGAUGGAACAGACCAGAUAUAACUUACGGAGGAAGUCCAGAGAAGGUCCAAAGACAGACCAAGGAAUGGAUGAAAGACAAGACCAGAGGCUACCAUCUCAAGAACCAAAUGAUGUCCGAGUGAUUGAUGAGAGUGUGAACGAGCCGACCAUGAAGACCACAGAAUCAAGUGAAGUUCAGACAUCUCGACCGGCUCUCAUUGUUCUCCUCAUAUUCUUUUUAUCGGUCUGCGUCAUGGGCUUGGUCUACUGGAGCUUCCCAGAAAUAGAUGAAGAUGAUAUGGAACACAUCAAACUGCCAAGGAAUAUGGAUGACGCCAAAGAUUUAGGAAAGGUCUUAUCACGUUACAACGAGCAAAACUCCAUCGCUGUUACGGCUGCCUUCUUCAUUACAUAUAUAUUUUUGCAAACUUUUGCUAUUCCAGGUUCAAUAUUUCUGAGUAUAUUAUCAGGAUUUUUAUUCCCGUUUUUCAUCGCUCUCUUUUUAGUUUGUUUGUGUUCUGCAAUUGGAGCCAGUAACUGCUACAUGAUAUCAUAUUUUGUUGGAGUUCAGUUAGUUCAGAAGUACAUUCCUGAGAGAGUACAAAAGUGGUCAGCAACGGUUGCGAGACAUCGUGAGCAUCUUCUAAAUUACAUCAUUUUUCUGAGAAUAACGCCAUUUUUACCAAACUGGUUCAUCAACAUCACCUCACCUAUAUUAGAAGUAUCUAUCUGGCCGUUCUUUGUCGGUACUUUCCUUGGUGUAGCGCCCCCGUCGUUCGUUGCAAUCCAGGCAGGUACCACUCUCUAUCAGUUAACCCAUGCGGGCGACGCCCUCUCAUGGACCUCCGUCAUCAUCUUAGCCGUCUUAGCAGUCUUAUCUAUUCUACCGGCUGUCUUCAAACAAAGACUACAACAAAAAUUUGAAUGAAUUCUGUUCUUUUAUCUACAGCAUCAUGGAGACGUUUUAGUCCUCGCCGUUGUUUUGGAUUGUGAAAGAAAGCGACAAUGUGAGUUUCAAAAGUUGUUGACGAUGGACCUAAAAGCUGGUGCUGUUUGGUUAAAGAAAUCACCAAAAUGAUAAUAACUCGACACAAUGCUGUCAUAGGAAACACAGACACAGGAGAAAAGUGGGAUCUUGCAGCUCAGAUUAAAAAAAAUCUUAUUUUUUUUCUUUGAUUCUUCUUACUUUUCCAUUCUCUAUAUUGAAUUAAUCAUCAUGAGCAACUCAUUCCCGUAUACAUAAAAUUAUUUUGAAUGCAUUUCUUAUUGACUCCUUGUUUACCCUUAAUGCUUUUAUUUAACCAGUUCAUUUUGAUUUGUUGAGUUUUAUCUACCUGUUUUAGGCUAUUGAUAAUAUUUUGUUAAGUCCAUCAACAUUAUUUUUUUGUAAGUUUGUUCUCAAUCAAUCAUAUUGGUUUCAAAUAGAAGUCAAUUGUAUGAUUGCUAUGAUGUCAUCAUGACUAGAUUUGCUUUUAUUCUAAUAAGGAUGGUAUAAUAGUCACCGAUUGGAAUAUAGAUAUAAGUAUAAGAUGAUAAAGAGCAUAACACAGUACGAUAUUCCAUGUCUCAAUAUUAACAUUAAAUUUUAAUAUGUUUUAUUCCAAAAUCGGGUCGACAAAUUGUAAGGUGUGCGGUGGCCUUUUGACAGAUAUUGAAUUGGUGAGGUGUUUGUUUCAUUAUAAAUGACAUUUGAAUUCACAGAUUCUGAUUUAAAAUGUUUGAAAGAGUUUAACAUGAAUGUGCAAUAAUUAUCUGGGACCUGUUGCACAGAGCAACGAUCAAUCGCAAAUUGAUUUUCAACCAAUCAACACCAUGCAUUUGGGACUUGCAAUUGAAUUAUUUGGUUGCAUUAAAACAACAAGAACUCAUCUCUGUUGCAACGGGCCCCAGGGUCCUGUGACAUAGAUAUUAGUGAAUGAUUAUGGGGCUGAUUUUCUACGAUUGAUUGCAUUCAUUAUUGUAUUUGAUUAAUCAUAAAAAUCAGUCUCAUCGAUCGCCAAACUUAGUGUGUUACAGUGCCCUGUUGCAGAAAGAGUUGCAUUUAAACACAAAUCAAAAUAUCAAGCGCAAGUCCCGAAUACGGGUGCUUCAUUGGCUGAAAAUCAAGUUGCGCAAGAUUUUUUGAGUUGCGUUUGAUCGCAACUCUUUCUGCAACGGGCCCCAGGUCAUACAGAAGCGAGGUAAGAACAUUUAUCUGCUUGCGACACAGGGCCCCGUAACAUAAGUCUUAGCCAUUGGGCGUUUGGCUGAGUUCUACAAUAGAUUGAAUUAUUGUGUGUGAUAAGUUGUAAAAAUUAGCCUCAUGGUUACUAUGAUUGAUAAUUUAUUAUGUUGCAGGGCACAGUUCAGUUAAUAGGCAAGGCAUGAAUUCCUAACGAUUGCUGCCAGGAGCAUUUUACUUUCAUAAUUUUUUCAAUCUGAUUAAAUAUGUCGAGAUGCUAACUGAGAGGACAUAAAGAGCUAUAUGUAUGUAUAUAUUGUCACUGUAAUAAGUCCUUUUUGGUUCAACUUAUGAUGUAGAAUUCAGAAUAACCUCACAGACACACUUAUUUUACACUUCUUUUGUACUAACCAUCAUUAUGAUGUUAAUUGAAAAUUAUCUAAUUAUCUGUCCAAUGAGGAUUCUGGUCAGUUUUUCAUUCAUUUUGGGCACUUUUGAAUGGAAUUCUUGCAUUUAAAUUACACACAACUUUGGCUCAUAACAGCAACAACAUCCCAUGUUACAUGUUGUAAACUCAAUUAACCCAAGAGGUGUUUUGGGGCCAUUCUUGUAUUCCUAUUACUCAAUUGAAUUUAUACAAGCUGAAGUUACAUUAAUUAUUUGAAGUAAACUCUGAGAUAUUUCCCACAGGCAGUUAGGGACAAAUUGAAGAACAUUUAAAAAAUGAUCAAACAACUAUGGAAAGCCAGCAAUGGUAUUAUAAAUUGUAUGUUCAAAUUGUUUUCUUGACAACAUACAUUCAUACAUUUAUUGUUUAAUCAACAUUUCAAUAUGCCUCUCUUUGUUUACAAAGAACAUUGAGCGAAUUUCCUGUAGAAUAAACUAUGACAAUGAUGAAUUUCCACACAGUUGAGGUUGAUCAGAUCAAUCACGAUUCUUUGUCAGAUGGGACCCAGCUCACUUGGAAUUUUCCUUGUUUUUCACUGUUUUUGCCAUGUUCACAAAAUGAAAACAAUUUAAGGAUUAUAAAAAAAAAAAAAAAAAGAUUGUCACAAGAAACAAACAAAAAACACACAUCACUUUAAUAGGAAUACCACCACAUCUGUUGUAAUAUGCUUAUUAUACUUGUACCAUUAUUUUGCAUUUGAAAUACACUUGUUGAUAUUCUGUUUUUAUGAUAUUUUGUUUAUAUUUCCCAAGGUAUGUUUCUGUAUAUUUAUGAAUCUAUAAUUGUAGCUAUAUGCUUCAAUAUGUAUUGUUUGUAAAUGAUAUAUAUACAUUUGUAUUGUUAGUAAUGCUAAUAUAUAAUUUAAUAAUUCUAAUGUACAUGAGCAGGUGGAUGUUUCAUAAAGCUGUUAGGAGGAGCGACUUUAAGAACGACUGACCAAUGAAUUUUUUUUUGUGGUAAAUGGUAUACAUCAAAAUGUUAUUUGGCGAUGGUUUAGCGCAUAAGAAAAGGUCACCAGUCAUUCUUAAAGUCGCUCUUAACUUAGGAACAGCUUUAUGAAACACCCCUAGGUGUAGCAACUCAAACUAUUUCAUUAGAUUUUACAAUCAAUUUUAAUUUUUUGUCUACAUUGUUUGCCAUAGAGUUAUAACUAAGAUCAAUUUUAUAAUUGAUUGCAUACACAAUGUUAAAGGGUCAUGAUGGUGCAAGCCAAGUUUUUUUUCUCUGUCAAUUCAUCUUUUGUUUUCUGUGAUGAUAAGAUAUCUUUAACCACAUUAAUGUUAAUGUAUUGUGGAAGAGCCUUAAAAUAACAAAAGCCUGGGUAAAUUAAGUUAUAAUAAAUACAAACAGUAAAACACUUGAAAUUUUGAUAUAUGAACCUUGGAGAAGUUGUUUGAACAUUUUAAACAAGUGUAUAAAAUCUUAAAACAACAAAGUUUAAGUGUAAAUACUUCAUUCUCAAUUAGGCAUGGUUGUUUAAACUGUUAAACAACUAUUUUAAGGUUCAUGUUGUAAACAAUGUAUAAAAAGUUCAACGGCAUUUUCAUUGAGCAGGGGACAAAGAUGGAAUUUAACAUGAAUUCAUCAGGACUGGUUAAUCAUAAAAGCCUGUAUUCUCAAAGUGUUUCCAGCGUUUGUGAGCUUAUUAAAGUUUAAAACACUUUGAGAAUACCUGCCAUGUUGUUGCUGUUUCAUAAGCUAUUUUGAUGAAAGUUAAACGAACAAAAACAUCUCUAUGCUCUCUUUGUGUUCUCCAGGGGAGCAUUUCAUGAUACAAAAAGUCAAUAAUUUUCACUGAUUAUUGUUUUAAGCUACUGAAAUCCUUGCGUCUGAUUGGCCGAGAGCAAAAUAGUCAAUGAAAACCAAUGACUAACCAUUUCAUGCAACGCUCCCAGUAUGUACUAGUAAGUAAAGGGUGUUCAGUUUCUAAUUUAUUGUGAAUGUCACUAACUUCAUCUGCACAAAAUUAUUUUUUAUUUAGUAUUUAAAGUUUAGAAGUAAAUGAUAAGUUGUACAAUUUUGGUGCAUAUUUUUAUCUGUCAAAGAAAUAAAGACGGUAGAUCCUAUAUACCUCUUAA